AUGAAGAACAUUGCAACGUUUAUGCACUUCAAAGGAUGUAUUGGAUUUGUCUUAGGGUUUGGGCUGGUUGUAGCAACUACUUUAGUGCCGGUUGGUGAUUAUAGUGCUAGUAUCAACACGACUUUUGCCAAUCCAGUUGGAUCUCUAGCUGGUUUCCCAGAGAAUACUCUUAGAUACCUUCAGGAGGAGUUGAAUGAUGCAACCGCCCCUGAUUCGGAUGAUUACAUUGAUGAUGGCGAAGAGAUUGAGGAGGUAGAUAUCGAAUUAUCUUUACCUAUAGAUAAUUCUUACGUAUCUAUUUCUGGCCAUCCCCGUCUUAAUGAAACCAUAACUGAUCUAUCUAGUCUGAAUAUAGGAACAAACGAGGUUGAGAAACUAAAGGAAAUGUACCGAUAUACUAAUGGUAAAGGGACCCCUCGCCCCUUAAACAGGAUGGUUAAUAAACAUCUUCUCUUAUGGACCGGCCUUGCUCAUGACAAAGUAAGGAGGCAGUUGGCAUUGCUUGAUGUUCUGCAGACUGACGAUGGCCUGGUUCAGGCAUCUAGUUCCACUCCAGACAAGCCAUUAUCUACCAGCGCACAGAAUCUAGAACGACGUUGGUGGCAACAAAUCCAGUCUAUUACGCGCUUGCAUGCAUCAAUAGAUCGGUUCCUUCGGAUUGAUGUAAGCCGAUUCCAAACCAACCCACUUGUUAUAGAUACGGCCGAAUUAGACUAUGUAGCUGGUCUUCUUUGCCUAGGGCGCUAUCUGUUUCUAGUCGAUCGCUGCCACACCCUUCACUUUAGCAAGUUAUUCUACAUCCAAAUAUUCCAGCCAAUGAACCCCAUCGGCUCUUCCUCGACUAGUUAUAGCAUUCCAUUACGUAAGGUCCAGGGAGAAGAUAGCGCGCACGCUUUCUUUACCAAGAUUGCCUCUCUAACUAAGCAGUCUAUGCAAACUUCAGGCAAUGACAGCGCCAAGACCUUUAAAGUCAUUCAAAAGUACCUCAACUCUCCAGACGGAACCAUCCGACUAUCCAUCCUUGAGUCUACUCUCAACCAAGUCACCGACUAUCUCAAAAAAGUAGUUCAUCCCAACCUCAACUCAUUACCAACCAGCAACCAGGAAAAGCACAACGCCAUACUCCAAAACAUUCAGCAAACAAUCUCUACACUCCAUGCCAUUAAGAACCCAGCCAAUAUUGAAAACCUCCCCCUUCACUAUACCAACAGUAUUAGCCAAGCCCUAGUUCUUGAUUCCCAAGCCAAGAACAUCCAACACAACAUCAACCAAAUCCAUAAUGAUAUUAACACCUAUAUCCGCGACCAACUCGUUCCCAUGUAUCUUGAUAAGCUCAAUAGGACCUACAAGAAGUCCAAAUAUUCCCUUGCCCAAAAGCGGCGGCGGUACUAUAAGGACGUCUUCCAAUUCGCCCAGCAAUACAUGGACGCCCAAGCCAGAUUCCAGUCUACCUUAGUCGUUCUUCAGCCAUGCAUGGCACCUCCCAUCCAUUAA